AUGGAGAUCAACUUGAUGGGAUUGCUCUACACCGUUAAGCUGGCUCUUCACUACUUUCGACGUCAACCGGUCGACAGCGACAGGGACCGAUGUCUCAUACUCAAGUCUAGCCUGGCAGGAUAUGUCGACCUUCCAGGCUCAAUCCAGUAUAAUUCAUCCAAGUUUGGCGUGCGAGGAGCCCUGAGGAGUCUUCGCCGCACCUCUUGGAAGGAGAAUAUCCGGGUCAACCUGGUUGCUCCAUGGUACAUCCGCACUCCAAUUCUGUCUCAGAAGGUUCAAGAGUUCCUCGACGGGAAAGGAGUUGGGUUUGCCCUGGUUGAAGACUGUUGUCGAGCCAUGUUGUUCAUUGCAUCGGAUCCCACAAUCAACGGUCGGGGUAUAGGCGUGGUAUCUCGCCAGCAUGCAAAGGAAGGGUAUAUGGACCUGGAUCUUGAUGACUAUAAGGCAGGUCUCUAUUCGGAAUGGCAACAAAUAGUGCUCGACACUGCUGGAAUCCUGGUGCAAUAA